AUGGACUGGAUCACCCCAACCGUCCCCGUCCCAUCACUCACCACCUCCUCGAAAUACGCCACCCGCCUGUUCCCCGCCAUCUGGCUCCUAAACUCAUUCAACACGUCGUUAUCCAACUUCAACUCGUCAGCAGUCUUACUCUCCGCCAGGACACGAACGACCGCCACCUCGACUCCUGGAUUUCCCGCCAUCCUCGCCCCUAUGGCCAGCGCUUCCCGGUCGUCCGGCCCCCCGAUGAAAAACACCGCCACACGGCACACAACGCACUCUCUCUUAACGGAGUCCACCUGUGAAAUCAGAGCCGGUGCUCGGUCGACCACAACAGCCACGCUUUAUUCCGGACUCGGAGGAGUCGCGGAUGACACCUGGCGUGGCGAGGUUCUGGUGGUAGGGAGUGAUGAUGAGGGAGGCUCGUCGGUUGGCAGCCAUCUCACGAACCUCGUCGUGCAUGGUGGAGUAGGAGGAUAUGGCGGUGAAAGGGUGGAGGUUGACGACCCGAUCGUGCCUCUCCUUGAAGUUGUUGAAGGCGUUGACGAUGCUCUUGGAGGCGCUGGCUUUGCGAGAGCUGGCCUUGUUGAGCUUGUGGGGGAUGAGGAUGGGGUGGGCGCGGCCUGCCAUCUCGAUGAGGUGGACGAGGCAGAUGUGGAUCGGGGAGCGUUUGUUGGGGUGGAGGGCCUCGAUGAGGUGGAUGGUGGUGGGGACGUGCUGCUGGUCGUGCACACAGGCCACGAGGCGAAGGUCCGAGUCGGGGCGAAGGUCCAUCACCGUUUUCGUCUUGUGGAAGGCGUGGCGUCUGAGGGGGUCGUGGAGUCGCCGGAUUAUGGGCGUGACGGUUGCCGUCACGGCUAUCAUGGAGACGCAGAGCACCACAAACGCGUCCUCCUCAACCACUUUGUGCUGCUUCAUCAUCUUGAACAAGCCCAGGUCCAUCACGCCCUGCACAUUCAUCACCAGCCCCACCUGGACGGCCUCUCUCUGCCCGACUCCAUUGCACACGGAAGCAAUCACGGCGCCCAGGAACUUGCCGGCACACGCCAGCAGUAUGACCAACUGCACUAUCGCGUAGCGGUCGGGCCCCACCGAGAAAGCGUCGGUCACGAGCCCGUUCUUCACAAAGUAGAGCGGCAUCAACAGCCACGACGUGAUGAGCUCCAGCUUCUCCACCAUGGCCGACCCGAGUGGCGGGCCGGCGGGUAG